AGGAUGAAGACUAGUUUACCGGAAGUUUUUGUUAUGGCUGUGACUCGAUUCUUGUGGUGCUAGCAUGUUGAUGUUUGCUUCUGUAGCAGGUUUUACUGCAGUGUGCCAUGAACGAAAUCAUUUUGAGGACAAAUAAGGGUGAAUACAAUCCAGGAGAAAAUGUCUAUGGUGUUGUGUACUUGAAUAUAUGUAAUCCUACUGCAGGACGAGGAAUUCGUCUUAAGUUUGAAGGAUUAGAAAGCAUUUUUUAUGAGUGCUUAGGAAAUGAAAAGCAUGAAGGUCAAUGUUUGAAUGAUAGCAAAUGUUAUAUUGAUGCAAAAGAUGUCACAUUGUACACAUGUGAAGAUACAGAUGUUAUGGGCAUUGGUUCCUACUGUUUUCCUUUCAAAGUGUCCUUACUUACAGAAAUACCAGGGUCCUUCUCAUCAGAAAAUGUGGCAGAUAAUGGAAAAUGGAGAGCAUCCGUCCAGUAUUGGCUGAAAGCUGAGCUUAUUGGAGCUGAAAGCAUAUCGACUGAUCAAUUUCUGGUGGUAAAUCACCCGUUGCCUAGCUUCCUGCUCCCCAAUGACCCUCCCAUGGCUGUGGACUGUAAAAUCGAGGUCUCUCAUUUCCUGUUCCUCAAGAAGAGCUUGCAUGUCACUGCUAAAUUGACUAAACAAGUGUGGCAGUCAGGAGAUGUGGCUAAAUUGAGAAUCAUCAUUACUAACAACACGGAUGUCAAGGUUUCCUGUAUUUCUAUCAAGCUAUGCAGAGAACUAAUUUUGGUUAAACGAGGUAUUGUGGUUCCCUGCUAUGACCCAAAGGUCACUGUAGAUGUAGGAAAUGAGAGAACUUACAUCAGACCUGAAGGAGUGGAUCCAAAAGUGGUGUGGGAGAAUUCUAUAGCAGCUUCUGGCUGUAGUCAAGAGGUUCUGAACAAGGGGCUGGAUAAUAUCCGUAUUCCUCUCAGAAAUGAACAACAAAUACCCAUUGAAUCAUCUGUCACAGGCUCACACACUCAGUGUUACUACUACAUUGAUGUCAAAGUUACACUCCAGAACCACCAGGAAGGAAAUCUUACUGUACCUAUAUAUUGUCUGAUGCACCCAAAGAAUGUAGAGUUCUCAGCAUGGAAGCCACCCAGCUGGGUUUAUGAAACAGAAGUUAUUAUGGGAAAAUCAAUAUUUUCAGUUCCAAAGACUGUUUUAAGAAGCGAGGCAUUUUCAGAUAUUCCCCGGUUCCAGGCAUUGAGUCAGAUAGAUGAUUGAUACAGGGAUGUUAUUAAUCAAUGUUUUUGUCCACGUAACUGUCUUGAGAAAUUUUACUUUCUGGAAGCCUUACUUUUAACCUUAUAUUUGUGUUCAUGUAUGAUGCCAGUAUUGCCUUAUUUAACAAGGAUGUAAGAGAAAACAGUAAUAACUAAUAAGUAACAAUAAGUAACACACCAUUUAGAAAUCAAUCUAUAUCUGAUCAGUGUUUUUUUCUCAAAUUCAUUGUUUUAGUAUUCUUUCCAUCAACUUUAGUGAUAUUACUUCAAUAUUUUUUCUUUAAUGUAAAUCUUAAAAAUGAAUGUUAAUUUGAUUUAUUUAAAAAAAUGGUUAGAACAAAUAAGUUGUGCAAUAUUUCAUCCCAACACUUGUGAAUGAGGGAUAAUAAAAAGGUCUGCUUUUGUAUAACUAUAGGGAGUAAACCCAAACCUUAUUCUCAA